UCAGCGAAGCUCGAUAUCUUUUUGCUUUUUUAUUUUUGGUUUUCUAUGUUAUUUUUUUUGGUGUUUAUCUCUCACCUCCACCACCUCUCUCUCUCCUCUGCAUCGAUGGUCCACAUGUCACCGUGAUGUCUUGUGCCUGUGCCGGUUAGUUCACCUGGUCUUUGAGAGCGUUUUUUGCUUGCUUAUGAUUGUAUACCUUCCUACGCUCGCUGCUAUGAUGGUGUGGCUAUCGCCAUGGUCGCCGGUGCUGUCGUGAAGGUGUGUAUAAAUUCUCUCACUCGUCCCCAAACAGCCGCCCUCAAGCAACCACCUUCUAUCUACCUCUCAAUCAGCUUUAAACCUCUCUUUGUAUACCUCUCUCACCUUCCCUUCGCGGCUCUACGCCGCAUGCUCACUCACUCAAUCACUCACUGCCACCCAUCAUCCCCACGCACUUCCGCCACUCCACCGCGCAACAAACCCCGCAUAUCCAAGACCAACCCAACCCCCACAGCAAAGUCAGCACCACACAGACAUGCAGCUACCAUUCACACAAACCCGAUACCAACCUCCCACUUCUCAACGCCACAACUCACACCCACCUACCACCAUUACCACCACCACCACCACCACCGCAACCAGCUCUCCCACCCCCAGACCUCAUCUCAACACCACACCAAGUGACCAAAAAUCCAUCUUCCCCGUACCCUCGCACACCAACCCCCAACCCCCACGCACACACACACACACCCACGUCACCAACACCUCAAGCGCCUCAGACACUCAACGUCGCCACCAGCAGAAACCUACAUACCUUCUAGCGCGCGCUACGUACGCAUAAGUGAGCGCCAAACGGCCAAAGAUAGCCGAA